AUGCUCCGGCAUGUGCAACAUCACGUCCCCGUCACCGCUUUGGCCUAUCUUGGUGGCGAUGUGAUCCUGUCUGGCGAAGGCCACCUGCUGCGGGCCUAUGGUACUACGAUACAGAGGCAGUUGGCUAGUAUAGCAACCUUCUCUCGUCAGGCCAUACACGGCAUCAUUAUCCCGCAGCGAGAGGCUGCCACCUUCGCUCUAGUAUGGGGUGGGUCACUUAUCAGAUCCGUGAAAUGCUUGGAAGCGUCUGAGGGACGUCUAUCCCUCGAGCUGGGCUCGCUGAGCGUCCUCGAUGACUGGAUCCUGGACGCAGCCUUUUCGCCAGGACAAUAUCUCGCACUCGUUACGGCCCACAAUGCUCUUGUCGUCACCCACAGAUCAAUACUCAAUAGGGAGGCCCAUCCGGCGGAUGAUGUGCUUAUGCCGCUUGUUCCAGGCUCAAAUUGCAUCCUCUAUUCAGCUCACAUACAAUGGCUAAGUGCUUCUCAUUGUCUCAUUACAUCAGGCACCGCUUUUGGAGACGUUAUUGUCUGGUCCGCUACUAUCUCAUCUCAAGCUGACGGCAAGCUACGUGCGGAGUCUCAAACACACUAUACAUUCUCUGCUCACGACGGGUCUGUCUUUGGCGUACGCACAUCGCCGCCGUUGUCUAGCUCCGGCGAUCGCAAGUCGCUGCUCGCGACAUGCAGCGACGAUCGCUCAGUAAGGAUCUGGGAUAUUUCCGAUCUGUCAGCAGAGAGUCCGUCUAUGGAACAGCUUCAACAGGAAACCGGCUUCGGCGCUAAGCAGACCGUAAGACAGCACAGCCCCAACCGUGUUGCAAGCGCCAUGGGUCACACAUCAAGAAUAUGGCAGGUCAGAUUUCUGCCUCCGAAUGUCAGCACCCAGAAUGUACUACAGAUUAUGUCCUUCGGUGAAGACGCAUCAAACAUCAAAUGGUCGCUCCUCUCGCCAACCGCUGCCAGUACGGUCAGCACAUUGCGGCAGGACGGUGUCGAAACUGCCCAUCAAGGCAAGCAUAUUUGGUCUGCCGCAGUAUCGGUCGACAACUCUAUCGCCACUGGUGGAGCAGAUGGAGCUGUUGCUCUCCGUCCAAUCCACCGGCGGCAGGCGAUUACCCGCAAGGUUGAUGAUACCUUGUUUUCAGGCCCUUCUGGCACGGACAAUGUCAAGUCAUACUGCUUCGUUGACAGCAAGACCUUGUUUGCCACUACCGCAGAAGGUAUGAUGAUCACUUUGCGGAUCGAAGACGAUGACUUGCCUAGAGUCACGGAAGUCUCACCGCCGCUUACCGGGCUACAGAAGUACUCUGUAAGCAUCAGUGUUUCGGGGAUUGCGUUCGCCGCAGGUACCGAAGGCGUAGUGUAUAUGUACACUCAUGAGCACCGGCGAGUGUUCGAGAUCGUGAAGCUCGGCCGCAAGGCAGCGGGCUUGUUCGCCGACACAGCGAAAAGGCCUAACGAUCAGGAUGAGGUUUGUCUGCUGAUCACAAGCGUUGGUUGUACAGCGGCCACCUUGUUGUUCCUAGCGCCCUACCUCGGUCCCAACAUCGACCUCGUGCCAGUUCUGCAGCAAAAAUGGCAGUUUGCUCUGCCGCAGACCUUUGUCGUGACGAGCUUCACGCAAUUCGCUGUGGAAGGCUGCCGUAGCGUGGCAUUAGGUGCCCGGAACGGCGCCAUUUGCAUCUUCGACAUACCAAGUGCCCAUACAUCAGAGGCAGUGGAGCCGUCAGUCACUCUACCACACUUAUGUGCAGCCGAAGCCGUGACAUCCCUACACUGGAUGCUCGACGAAUGGGCAUCUUCCGAAGGGUACCUACACUGCACCAAAAGGGACAGCACACACGCGGUGUACUCGUUGCGCAACACGGAGCUUGGCUGGGUGGCUCAACUCGUUCACCAGCUCACACUGCCCUUUGGUCCCAACAUUGAGGGUUUGUCCUUCCGACAAAAACAGCGUGUCUGCAUCUGGGGCUUUAGAAGCAAGCACUUCAUCGUCUACGACGUAACCGCACAACGAGAGAUCAUGACCGUUGAAUGCGGCGGUGCGCAUCGCUUUUGGGCAUUCGCACCAGCUGAUGAAGGUGGUACCCUCGUGUGGACGAAGGCAUCGCAGCUUUUCCAGCAGUCUCAGACCAAGCUAGCGUACAAUCUCAUUAGUUCAGGCGGACAUGGUAGGGAGAUCAAAGCGGCUGCCGUCUCAUCUACAACGCCGCAGCUAAUUGCCACUGGCGCUGAAGAUACGAACAUCAAACUUUGGAGUACCAGUGGUGAAGCCAGCUUGCUGUGCUUGCAGACUCUCCGGAAACACAACACGGGCAUACAGCACCUGCAGUGGUCGAACGAUGGUCGCUAUUUAUUCUCUAGCGGCGGCUUUGAAGAAUUCCACGUCUGGGCUGUCACGCUUGAUGUGCCAUAUAUCGGCGUUGGUGUGGUCUGCCAAAGCUCACAUCCACGUAGUGGCACCUCUGACUUACGUAUCAUGAGCUUCGACAUAGAGAAACAGGACGAAGUGGAGGCCGCCUUCACCAUUGUCAUGGUGUACUCCGACUCCACCUUGAAGCGGUGGAGCUACAACUGCGAGAACGGGGAUUGGCGGCUUCUGGCAGAAGGCGACUAUCUUACCGCUUGCUUGACGAAUGUACAUACCAUCGAUGCGGACAGUGGCAAGCUCAUGACUGCCGCGACCGACGGUAAUCUUUCGCUGUGGACCUCUGACAACUCCAGCUUGGCGUUGCGUUGGCAUACAAGACACUCAGUCCAUCAGAACGCGAUACUGAUUGCUAUCACUCAUACGCUUCCCGACGGCUCGAUCAUGGCGAUCACAGGCGGCGACGAUAACGCGAUUGGCAUUACGCGGAUCUCUGGAGCAGGCAGCGAACCGAAGACGUUGCUCGUGUCACGCGCUCACGCAGCUGCCAUUACUGGACUCGUCAUCGUCCCAGCUGGCGAGGCGACUCUUAUGCUUGCGUCAGCCGCUAUUGAUCAGCGCGUGAAGCUCUGGCGGGUCGAUCUAGACUUUGCUCAACCUGGCGUUCAUGGUGUGGACCUCAAGUUCCUAGCAAGUGCCUCUACUGCUGUUGCUGAUGUCUCUAGCCUGACUAUGCUACGGCCCGAGGACCAAAACGCACGCUUGCUGGUGUGUGGUGUUGGAAUGGACAUUUGGACAGUUGGAAUAUAA